AUGAGGUUGUUCAACGACUACUUUGCUGAUCCCCCCGUGUUCCAGAUGAAAUGUGACCUCUUCCUGAAGAUUGUUGCGGCCGUUGAAGAGAAGGGCCAUGCAUACGACGUGCCGGCCGAUUCUCUAGAUGAGUUCUUUCGUCUAGGGGAGAGCACCAUCAUUGAGAGCAUGCGACGUUUCGUCCGUGCUGUCGUUGAGGCAUUUGGCGAUGAGUACCUCCGUUCUCCUAGUGAGGACACUACGCGUUUGCUUGCCAUCAACGUGCGCAGAGGGUUUCCCAGGAUGUUAGGAAGCGUUGAUUGUAUGCAUUGGAGGUGGAAGAACUGCCCCACGGCGUGGGCAGGGUCUUUUAUUGGGCAUGUCAACACUCCGACGAUCAUUCUCAAGGCGGUAGCUUUGCACGACUUGUGGAUCUUGCAUGCCUUUUUCGGCAUGCCUGGUUCGCUGAACGACAUUAAUGUUCUACAUCGGUCGCAUCUCCUCGAUGACCUCGCGGCAGGUGAGGCCCCAAAGGUUAAUUACACCAUAAAUGGUCACCAUUACACCAUGGGCUACUACCUUGCCGACGGCAUUCAUCCGGAAUGGGCCACGUUUGUGAAGCCCAUUCCGACGCCUAUUGGCAGGAAGCGCCAACACUUCAUUGUGCAACAAGCGGCGGCACGUAAGGAUGUGGAGCGUGCCUUCGGGGUCCUCCAGUCCCGGUUUCCCAUUGUCAGGGGGCCACGAGGUUAUGGGAUGAGGAAACUCUUUCCUCUGUCAUGA